CGCUUCACAUGUUGGUCUCCAAUCCAACAUGGCGCCUACCAUAGUGGAGCAUGUUGUCGCAGAUGCAGGAGCGUUUUUAAAGAAAGCCCCUCUCCAGGAUAUCGGUAAGACCAUCUACACACUGAAAGAUGUGGUGGAUGAGAUCAGAGACAAACCCACCAGGAGGAGUCUGUCCUUCCUGCCGUACCAGCUGAACUUUAAAGAGCCACAUCCUGAACACAUCAGACUGGUGACCGAGUUCUCCAAGAAGACCGGAGAUUACCCGAGUCUGUCAGCCACCGACAUCAAAGUCCUGGCUCUGACCUACCAGCUGGAACUGGAGCACGUCGGCUCCCAGCACCUGAAGAAAGAGCCGGAGAUCAAGGUGAAUAUUCAGAGCACACAGCGCCACCCAGAGACUCCAAUCAAUGUUGCAGGAUUCCACUUCCCCUCCAAGUCAAACAGUUUGAACGUCAAACAGACUCCAAGAGAAACGAGAACGGAGAGGCCCAAACCUGCCGACGGCGACGAGUACAACGCCUUUCACUUCUGGAGAACGCCACUGCAGUCCAUCGACAGCGAGCUGCUGGAGUUACUGGAUAACGUCGAUGCUUUGAAUUCAAACAACAUACAGAAACAGACUGAAACACAAACAGAAAAACAAACAGACACACAGACGUCUUCUGACAGCGACACGUUCAACAGCUUCCACUUCUGGAGGGAGCCGCUGCAGUCCAUCGAGGACAGCCUGCUGGACUUACUGAAAGUGGACCGAGUGUCCACAUCAGGGAGCGGGUCACUGCAGACAAACGAGCAGGAGGACCAAUCAGACGACGAGGAUGAAGAUAAAGAAGAGGAGGAGGAUGAUGAUGAUGAUGGAGGUGGUUGGAUCACUCCCAGUAACAUCAAACAGCUGAAGAUGGACUCUGGUGAUUGGACAGCUCCUGCUGAUGUCAAAGUCGGAUGUCUGACCACCGACUUCGCCAUGCAGAACGUUCUCAUUCAGAUCGGACUCCAUGUUCUCUCGGUGAACGGGAUGCUGAUCAAACAGGCGAGGAACUACAUCCUGAGGUGUCACGCCUGCUUCAAGACGUCGAGCAACAUGACCAGAGUGUUCUGUCCUCACUGUGGAAACAAAACUCUGAAGAAGGUGGCGGUGACCAUCAACGAGGACGGCAGCAAGCAGAUGCACUUCUCCAAAAACCCCAAAGUGCUGAACUCAAAGGGACUGAGGCACUCGCUGCCUCUGCCUCAGGGAGGGAAACACGGAAACAACCCCCAGCUGGUGGAGGAUCAGCGUUUCCCCCAGCAGAGACUCUCCCGCAAAGCUCGCCAGAAAACCGACGUCUUCAACCCGGACUACGUGGCUGGAUCUUCGCCCUUCAGUGAGAACGACAUCUACAGCCGAUCCGCCAACCUGCACAUCAAGGACGGCCAGUGUGGCGGGGGCAGGAGACGAGCCAACCCCAACGCCGUCCACAAGAAGUUUGUGAAGAAGAAGUGAAGGGGAACAUGUGGACACUUCAGAACACGACGUCAGUGGACUUUUUUGGACAUUAAAUUAAACGACCAUAUAGGAGGAGUGUAGUGGUGGAGUCUUGGUCCUUCAAAUACAAAACCAGCACCCCCCCCCCCAGCUGUCAUGUUAAUCUGACUCUUCAACGUAAUGUAUCACAAUAAAUUUUUAAACUUAA